AUGAGAGGUGGAAAAGAAAGAAAGAAAGAGAGAGAGAGAGAGCGGUUUGUCUUGAAGAAUGGAGGUAAGAUAUUAGAAAAGAUGCCUAGAAUUUUUAAUGGCAAGUGCAAUCCCAUCAGAAGCUUCUCGGAGGAAGAGCUCAUAGGGGCAACAAACAACUAUGAUGGAAGAAAACUCCUGCACCAGGACUGGAAUUUCUGCAUGUAUGAGGGAACAAACGAAUCUCGUUCUGUUUUAGUCAAGAAGUACAUGAAAGUAACGCCUGCGUCUGAGUAUAUUAUUGAAUUGGUAGCAAAAGAAAUAGCAAUUGCAUCCAACAUGAGCAAUCACAGCAACUUCUUGAAGCUCCUGGGGUGCUGCUUGGAGACUGAAAUCCCCAUAUUGGUCUACGAAUUCGGAGAAAAUCUUUCGCAUGAGAUGAUAAACAGUCUGCCAUGGGAGACCAAGUUGAGAAUCGCAAACGAAAUGGCCAACGCAUUUGCUUAUCUCCAUUAUGGCACCUCCAGGAUUAUCAUCCAUAGAGACGUUCAGAUUAGUAACAUAUACCUUAACCACGACAACAUUGUCAAAGUUUCCGAGUUCCAAAUGUCUGUGCUAAUCCCCCUGGGCAAAACACACGUGGAUGCACUACAAAUAACUGAAAUAACUGGAACCUGUGGGUACAUAGCUCCAGAUUAUUUGUUAACGGCGCGUUUAACCGAAAAGAGCGAUGUCUUCAGCUUGGGGAUUGUAUUGAUGGAUAUUUUGACUGGAAAGCGUAUAAGGGAACUACGUGAUCAAUUUGAAGAAUAUGAUGAUAUAGUCCGACAUCACCUGAUGAAGAACAGUGGGUUGAAAGGGGAAAUCAGGAGGCAAGUAAUUGAAUUUGGAGAGCUCAUACUGAAAUGUGUCCGAGAAGAUCCUAAUGCAAGGCCAAGUAUGCAGGAAGUUGCACAAGCACUCAAAUCUAUCAGAAACAAACAUGUUCUAGGCGAGUCAUUGUCUCUCUUGUAG